AUGGAUGACACGCUAAGUGUUGGGGACAUUGUUUGUCUGUAUUCAUCGGAAAGUUAUGGCUUUCUACUGACCACUCAGUCAAGUUCGGUGCACAACCAGCUUGCUGUAGGAAGCAAACAGGACAGAGUGAGACCAGACAUACAAGAUCAACAUGUGAUAUCAUUCGAAAUAUGUGUAGCAAACCGCUACAAACUAAACAAGAAAUACAGAAAGUUGAGCAGUAAAUUAAAUGAAGACCCAGAAAACCUUUCCCUGCGAACAAACACAACGCAAGCUCAGCUUGCCGCACACGCAGAAAAUGAUGACAAUAAUCUUGAACAAAAACGACAACAGGGGAAGAAAGUGGUCUAUGGACAAGUGGUGCAGUUAAAGAAUAUUUUCUCCGGGAAAUACAUCCAUGUUAGCACAACAAAGACCUCCGAAACGGAGAGCAACAACAUGGCGGUGGAAUUACUGGAUCACAAUGCCAAGCAUGCCCAGUUUAAGAUCAUGCCCCGAUACAAGGUCAAGGCCGAGGGAGAUGUGGUACAAGUUGACGAUCAGAUAGUGCUGGAGAGUAUCAAGUCUCCAAGUUCCUAUCUCCAUGUCAGCAAAGGCACAGUCGGCAUUAGCUCAGUCUACUCUAAGUGCCAUGAACUUAACCUCUCAGUGCAACAGAGUGGUUUCACUAUAUACCGCAAACAUAAACCUGGUGCAGAGGACGAGAACAAGGUCAAGGUUGGAGAUGUUAUCAGGUUUUAUCACAAAGAGAUGGAGGCCUACUUAGUGGCAGAAGGUCUGUUUGAUCAAGCUCUGUUGGAAGAUGUACAUUUACGAAUGCGUCCGUUGGAUCAGACAAACCCAAAGACGCUGUUUCCGAGUACGUCUGCAGUGACUUACUGGCAGAUAGAGUUACAAGAUGGACCCAUUAGUGGUGGAAUCUUGAAAUGGGAACAACAGUGUAAGAUUAUCCACAUGUGUUCGAGGAAGUACCUCACAUAUACAACAGAAAACAAGGUGACCUUGACCUCCAAUCAUGAAGAUCCACGCACUGUGUUUCGUCUGCAUCCUGUCAUAAGGGAGAAUGAUGACAUACCGAUAGACAGUUAUUGUCGGAUAGAACAUGUGGUCAGUGGUUACUGGCUCCACGCCGUCAUGGCUGAGUACAAAAGGAAGCAAGAAACAACAUCCACAGACACCAAGGCCAUGGGGUCUCUCAAAUGGAGCUCUGCUCAACUCAAACAGACUGGGAAGAAGAAGAAAGGCAAAGUGGGGGCCAUUCCAGAGAAGCAGUAUGAUGAUGCUUUUACCAUACAGUCAGUGGAACCAGAGCUAGUGGAGAUAUUUAACUACAUGGCUGGAAUGGUGCCCUUCAUACAGAAACUUGUCAAGGAUAAAAACAGUGGUUUGACAUUGAACGCUAAAAUGGCCCACGAUGCUCUCACUGCCUUGUCUGAGAUGAGAGAAUUCAUGAUAGUCAACAGUGUGCCAAGCAAGAAACGUCAAAAACUCAUGAGGAAUCUCCGGAUUGUGGAGUUAUUGGUACAACUGUUACAGACCCCAUUUAGAGGAAGUCCUGACCAGAUUCACCUGACACGGAUCUUUGUGGAAGCCUAUGAUGUCCUGUACACCUACUUGAUGGGUGACAGCAGGAAGAAUGAACUCUAUAUUGCAAAGUACAUUGACUUCUUCCUCUCACAAUUUGAGUACAAGGAGGGACAGAUUGGUCUGAACGCAGCACACAUGGUGAUGGAACUGAUCCGCGACAACAGGAAAAUUGUUGACAGGAUAUCACAUGAACACAUUGACAAAUUUGUAGAACUUCUUCGCAGGGACAAGAAUUACAGAUACCUAGAUCUUCUGAGUGUCCUUUGCGUAUGUGAUGGUGUUUCCAUAGCAGACAACCAGAAGUACAUUACUGAGGUCUGGCUCAUGAAAGGAACACGGAAUUGUGUGUUUAACACUGAUCUGGGCCAGAAGAUCGGGAAGGUACAGGGAGUUGUUUAUGUGUCCACCAACAUGUGUAAAACCUGGAUGGAACUUGCUGAUUUUGCAAAGGAACCUGACUCUGAUGCAGAUGAUCGUCAUGACAAUGAUGAGACGUACUUGUUCUUGGUCCACCAGUUAGAGCUGUUUGGUAUGCUGUGUCAUGGUCAGAAUGAUUUCUCCAUCCAAGUCAUCACUGAACAACUCAACUACCUGACCUGGGAAGAAGCGUUCACUUGUCUGAGUGACCAUCGCUUGCCAGAUCAGCUGCGUGCUCAGUACUGUGACCUUAUCAUCACCAUGUUUGUUGACAUCGGUGACAACCACUCUGUGAUUGAUCGUGUGAAGCUGUCGUAUAUUUAUGACGAAAUUGAUCAGUUUGAGGAUGCUCGAAGUCCAGAAUCUCGUGCCAAAGAUUCACGAGUCAAUGCAGUCAAUGCUACUGUACGUCCAAGCAGACCUCUCAGUCGUCGUGAUAGUGCUAUAAAGUCUUUUGGAUCAUCUCUUAGAAAUAAUACUCUACGUCCCCUUAGUGACGGACCUAUGAUUUUAGUCGAAAAUGACGAAGAGAUUGAUGAAGUCUGGGAUGCCAUAGACAUAACACAGUCCACUACAUACAAGUAUUUCCCAUCCAUCAGUGACUGGAUCUCCAGGUUUCUCAACAAGAACAGUGACAUGACUGCGUCAGAAAUUGGAAACAAUAUGUUGGUCAAACAGGUCCUUCGACUGGUCCAUUACCUGGUGUCAUUUGGAUUCUAUUAUAAAUCUGAAGAUAUCAAGAAACUCAUGGGUCCUCUGAUGAGUCUAAUUGAUGGCCGGAAUGACAAACCUUACCCUAAUGUUAUUGGUAAGGAAGGGGAGGAGGUGAUGAAACACUUCAACCAAUAUGGCCGUUACCAGAGGAGUCCAGAGACCCAGGCAGUGGUGGACGCAAAGUGUCAAGCUCUGGAAGUGCUGAACUUGUUCUUCAACUUCAUUUUCAAUUUGAGAUUGGAGAAAUUCAUGAAUUUGUUCAAAGACACGCAUACACAAGCAAAUCAGACCUCGGUGCCAGCACCAGAGCUCGGAGCUCUUUUGUACGAGACCUUUGACCUCAGCAAGAACUUAGGGGUAUCAAAACAUGCUUUGAAGAAACUCAAUGAAAUAUUUGAUGAGACUGCUUUCCUGAAAGGUUACGACCUUGUCAACGUCCUGAAGGAUUUAUCCCAUUAUCAGUAUGAUGAGAUGGUGCGUACGUCUAUGCAUCUCCUUAACAGAUUCUACUCCGCCCACAACAACCUCUUUAACAGGGCAGUGCAGGCACAGGUGUGCAUCACCGAUAGCUCCACAACUGUGUACAAGGAACUGGAGAAUAUUCUACCCAAGAUGCGUCGGUACUCUACAGCCAAACUUAGUGAUGAGCAAACGCUUGAGUUGUGUGGUAUCCUGGAUCGCCUUAACAAAAUGUGCCAUCUUGAAAAUGAGCCUGAAGAGCCUCAUGGCAUGAACCAGUCCAUUCUCUACAAUCAUGGAGUACUGGAGGAUGCCUUUACUAUCCUUACUCAGGAGAUAGAUGUUAAACUUCUGGAACAAUACUCAGGACAGAGAAAGAUAUUCCAGAAAACGUUCACUCUCCUGAAGCUGAUGGCCCGUAGUAAUAAACUGGUCCAGGGAAGACUGUUUGAUCGUUUAGACAUGUUGCUGUCCAAAGAAGGGGCGGGGCCAGAAUUGGCAGAGGCUUUGACUGAGGUAUUCACAGGUAACUCUAAUACCUGUAUGAAGAUCAGUGGUAACCAGGUAAUGAAGGUGAUGGGAAUUGUUGCUAAACAUAGAGAGAAUGUGCCACAGUUCCUCGACCUUCUCAAUGCCAUCGUCAAAGUUGAGGAACUUGACCUGCCAUUAAAACGUAACCAGGGCUUUGUCAUGCAGUACUUUAUGCAGUAUAGGUCUGAUGUAGCCUUUGUCAUUGAUCAGGAUGAAAAUGCAAGAUCUGUAUGGGAGAAAACUCUGACAGAAAACAACCAUAAGGACCUGCAGUAUCUUAUUGCCAUGGUGGACAUGCUGGCUACUUGUGCUGAGGGUGAAAACCGUUUUAUUGAAUCUAUAUGUCAGACAAUAUUCAAAAUACAAGAAUUACUCCGUAUUCUGAAUAACAAGAAAGUAACAGACAACCUGAAGCGGCCAUUCUUGCGAUUUUUUAUCUGGGUGUACCUGAACACCGCUGGCGGUAUGAUAGAGAGUGGUGCUGGUGACCUUCCUCAUGACAAGUCAAUGUGGGAGUACUUGAAUGGUUUGAAUGAAACAUUGCGGAAUGUCACAGAAUUCAUCAAAACUGACCCCAACACGGUCAAACUCCUCCUGAAAAGACCACCAGCCAAAGGUGAAGGUGGAAGUGAUAAAGGAAUGAAUAAACAGGAAGUAAUCCGAGGGACCCUUCAUUAUUUGUUUGAUGGAGUGAUGCCAUUCCUACAGAUUUUCUGUAGAAGCUACUAUCAACCUGAUCCAAGCAUGUUCCCUAGCGAACCACAACAGCUAGAUGAUUUAGCCAGGAACUUCAAGGACUUCAUGAGCGUUGUGGCACCUCUCAUCAGCCUGGAAAAGCAGAUGAAAAAUAUAGUGUCCUGUAUGACUACAGUAAUGUCUGCUUCAACUCUACCUGUCAGUGAUAUGGAAGAGUUCCAAGAACAGUAUGGAGGCAAAAUCCAGCAAGACGUCCGCAGUGACGCUCGAAAGAUGUAUGAGGAUUUCUAUGAGACAGAAGAAGAGAUCAAUUUGCAACUCAAUGUCUUUGCUGUCAACAUGAAAGUAGCUUACGGUGGUAUCAAUACUGUCGAUGUUCAGCUCGGCCAUGGGUCUCCGGACGUAGAAUACUCUGAACUUGGUGGCGAUGAAGAACUACCCUUAGGAGCAGAAUUUCAGGAUCACCUUGCCUGCCUAAUUGAUAAACGCAAGAAAGCUCCUGUGGAGAAAUAUGCUAUGGCAGAGAAACUAGUGAAACAGUUAGAGAUAUCCUCGAGUUUGACUCACCUUAAUGAGAAGGAGAAGUUGGAACAGGUAGAUCUGGAUGUGAAAUGCCUGCAGUUGCUCCGUGGCCUCAUACACAAUGAGAUGAUCCGUCUUCCCGAGGAUUGGGAGGGACACUCACAGUCGCAUAGACGACAACUAAAGGUGAUUGAAGAAGUCCAGAAUGCCCUCAACACCUAUGGUGCAGUGACCAGUGUGUUGGAGCACUUGUCUCGCCCACAAGACAACAUUGUCAGGGAGGUCCUCGCCUUCCUUGCUGCUCUCCUCUUCAAUGGCAAUGAUGAAGUCCAGGCGAGUCUGAUUUCUUACUUCACUGGAACUAGAGAAGAAACCUUCUUCUUUUCCAUCAAAGGUCGGAUGAACAUGUCUGCCAUAGCUACCAGAGAAAAACGACUAUUACAGGCGAUGCACACAGCUAAGCUGGAUGAGGCAAUACAGCAGGCUAAAGCACUAAAAAAGGCCAUGCAGACUGGACAUAUGGCUACAGUAGAAAUCAUGAAGGCGAACCAGAUGAACUCCAUGCUGUCCAUGGCCAAGCGAUCAAUGGCCAAUCUACGUCUUGCUUCCAGACAAGGAACGAGACUAGGAGGAUCCCAUCGAUCCAUAAUGGGAGGCUCACGAAGGUUCGGUAGUCGUAGCCUCAAACCUGGACCAAGCUCACGCACCCCGAGUAACAACAUGCUGAUGGCACCAAAUGGUAUAGCUGGCAAACAGGGCUCUAUGAUGAUUGGAAAUAAGAAUAGCAAGGUUGCACCAGCAAUUAAUCCUGAAAUUCAAGUGGAGAACGUAGAAGAUGAAGAAUUAGAAGAACUUAUGCAGCACGCAUAUGAAAUGACUGCUGACCUAGAUUUCCAUGACGAUGGCUAUAUUGAAUUAGUGCUUAGGAUUCUGGGACUGAUGUGUGACAACCAACACACAGGACUUCAGGACUACCUACGGGAACAGCCUGACAACAUCAAGUCUGUUAAUCUGGUGGCUGAGACAACUCGCUUCCUCAAUAUUCUCUACUCAAACAUAAACGACAGAUCCAUGGCUCUCAUUGUCCAGCUGUUUGACACCCUUGUGGAAUUCACUUCCGGCAACCAGCAGAAUCAGGCUGUAGUAUUUGAUAACAAGAUAUGUGAUUACAUCAACCACAUUUUACGUGUGGGUGUCUUCAAGGGCUGCAAGGAAAAAGAUGUGUACAUUUUGAAGAAAUCUAUUGCGACUUUAAUCAAAUCCUUGAGUGAAGAGAACCCACCAGAAAUGAAUGAAGAUAAUCCUAUUGCCACUCUUGCUAAGAAACCAGUAAAUCCAAGGGAUACGACGGAUCCGGAUUUACUAAAAAUGUUGCAAUCACGACCAUCAUGUAUGGAAGUGAUGGAAUACUUGGACACAGAUACACUGGCUAACACGAUGACCGAGUCCUACCUCCAGAUACUGAAAGCUGCACAAGCCCAGAGUAAAGAGAGAAACCAACCUGAUUUUGAAGAAAUUAAGACUCUGGUCACUCAGACAGGGUUUGCCUACUUCCACAUUCUCUGUCGCAAGUUGGAUUUGGAUGAAAAGCUGAAAAUAGAUUCAUUUAUCAAAUCACCUGAACAAGAAGCUGCGUGGAUGUACUUUAGUGAGAACACCCUGUCAAUAGAAAUCCUGAAAGAUGAUGUUUUACAGAAGAUUUACUACAGAGUCAAGGACAAGAAAGUGCUUCGUGAAGAAAUCAAAGAGAAGUUUAAGUAUGAGGUGGACCGUACCUCUCCUAGCAACAAACUGCGUGACUUCAUGGACUGGGCUAGUGACGUGAUUCAGGACAUCAAGUACCAAAGAAAGGUUUACUCCAACAGUUUGGGCAGACUCCUUGUCAACUUGUGGCUACCAAUGAAUUAUGUUGUGCUGCUUCUCAGUGUUAUCAUCUGUACUGUUAUACUGGUAGUUUGGAGGGAUCCAAAGACAUCAACAGGAGAGUCAGAUACACUGACUGCUAUUCCAGAGCUGAGCAUAAAUAAUUACUACGUUUUCCUGUACAUAAUGGGAGGAAUACACAACUUCUUGUGCCUCCUUAUAUACGUCACGUUCCUCAUCUCCAACAGUCCCACAUUUCCACCCUGGAAUAUGUUUCUACGACUGAUAGGAAAGAAUAAGGAUGAUGACAUGGAGUUCAAAUCAUGGCACGAGAAAAAGUUGGAAUCGCAUUUAGAGGUCAAAAUCUACAGCUUCAAAUCCCUGUAUUAUCUGGUUUUCCUGGCACUCUCCAUACUUGGGACAAUAUUCCAUGGGUACUUUUUUGCUUUCCACCUCCUCCAUAUUGCAGAGCUCAACCAGCUGCUGAAGCGGGUGAUACUGGCAGUCACCACCAACGGAAAAUCACUGUUGAUGGUAACACUUCUUGGUUUAGCCAUCCUUUUCAUUUACUCACUGGUGGCAUUUGCUCUCCUUCGAGAAAAGUACUUCCAAGAAAUUAACGGACGACACUGUCGGACAGUGGGCCAGUGUUUCCUCACCAUGAUACAUCAUGGUCUAGUGGAUAGUCCUUACACGACUAUAGAGGCAGAAAUGAACAACAACAGUUACACAGAUGUGUUGAUGUUGACCGUCUUUGAUGUGACGUUCUUCAUCCUCAUUACAACUAUUGGUCUCAACAUCAUAUUCGGUAUCAUUGUGGAUACGUUCUCUCAGCUCAGAGACUCAAAGUGGGAGAUAGACAAAGACAUGUUGAACAACUGUUUCAUCUGCAGCCGUGAGAGCUAUGACUUUGAGAGACAGGGUGGUGGAUUUGAGAAACAUGUGAAGGAGGAACACAACCAAUGGGCUUAUCUGUUCUUCUUCAUACACCUGGACGAGACACGCCCAAAUGACUACUCCGCUCUGGAACUCUAUGUCUUUAAAAUGUUACAGACAGCUAAGUUUGACUUUUUCCCACUGAACCGUGCUCUCAGUCUCCAGAACGAGGAGGACACAAACGAGAGAAAGCUGGAGCAACUGCGCAUCUCCGUCGAAUACAUGGUCAACAAGAUGAAGGAGGAGGAGGCAGCACGAGAGCGAGAGAAGGAAAAACGGAGACAGUUGGCAUGGGAACAGCAACACAGGAAGUAGAUGGCAGUGUAACUUAUGGACAUAACACUGUGAAGAAUGUAUCUAAUUUGUUUUGUAUGCCAAUUAAAGCAUGACCAUCACCAUCUUGUGGACUUUCGACAAUCCUUGAGAAGUGUUUGUGAUAUUUUCUGUAACUGGUUGUGUACAUGUGAUAUUUUCUUAGUAUAAUAAUUCAGUGCUUUCCUCAAUCACUUGAAUUCUCAUUGUAAGACACAUCCGUCUAUAGAUUGUUUCUAGGCCUUCAGAUGAAACUUACAAGGUCACUAAAUUCAAUACUUUCAAAGGAAGACACAUUAUAUUGCUAAUUUGUGCCAAAUGAGUUCACACAUGUAUUUUGUUUCAAUGUUUGAUUACCAUAUGGUGUAAUUUUACUUGAUAAAACGGACCGUGACUUAACAGAACUUCAAUAGUUUUGUUUGUCAGGUAUAUCCAGUGUACUUUAUAAUGAUCCUUGUUAUUUAGAUUUUGUGUUAGAAUGUUGAAAAAUAUCAAUUAGAAAUUGAAAAUAGUUACUGAAAUAGAACCAUAUAGAAUCAGUGCUCCCUUUUUUCUAGAUGCUCAUUAAAGUAUUGUGAAUUUAUAGACCACUGUAAGCUUUGACUGAUUAAACGAUGAUUUCAAAGAUGUUUCUUCCUCUGUAAAGUAUAUUUUAUUUGUGAUAUAUAAUGUAUUUAUUACUACAUAAUUUAUUUAUGAAUUCAUAUUUAAGA